UCCUCCCACGCUCCACCCGGCUGCUGCCCGGAGAGGUCACGAGGGACGCUGCUUCCCCGUGCGCAUGCUCAGCAUUCUGCAUAAAGCCUCCUGCCUGGGGUCCGCGGCUCGGUAGUCCGGCUAGGCUCGGCCUGGGGCUGGCUCUGUGGUCGGUCUUUCCUCAGUCUUCUCUCCCACCACUUUGUCUCUCCCAUUUCUGGAUCUCUUCCCCCCUGUCUUCCCAGGCUCACUUGGAGUCUUUCAGGACUUCGUGUCUGCCGCGCUCGACCUGUUCCCCCUGCCCCUCCUCCCCGCCUGCCCCAGGCCGGGUCACGCUCCUCCUCUAUCCUCGGCCAAGUCCAGAGCCUGGGGGCCGGCCUGGGGCUCCCGAUAUCUGAAGACUUGGAAUUCUGGGAAUUCAUUCAUUGGUUCAACAGCGAUUAAAUGCCUCCCAGAUAUAAAACCCUGCUAGGUAUUGGGAAACAUACAAAGUUCAGAUGGGACAUUACCUCUGACUUCAUUGGGCUUGUUUAUAGUUUAGCAGGGGAAUAAAAUACAUACAAAAAGAUGCAAUACUGUAUAAUUUCUCUUGUGCCAACUAUAAUAUAAUAAGGCCCUAUUGGGUGGCAAAGAAUAGUUCAGUAUACUGGGGUGCAGAGGGGUGUGAGACGAGGCUUUCUUGCCACGUUGCCUUUGCUGCUAUUUUCUGUGCCUGGGAAUUCUCUUCCCUCUACAUUGUCUGUCCUCAUCCUUUAAAGCUUAAUUCAAAUGCCACCUCCUUCAGGAAGCCCUUCCACUUUGUUGGUAAAGACCUUGUUUCCCUCAGACCUGGAAUGGUAUUUUGCUUGCACUCCACUCUUCAUACAUUAUGUGUAUAUGUGUCUCAUCCUUCUAAAGAGUCUGUUUAUAUAUAGUGCUUUUGGGUUUCCAAAGUAUUUUACAUCCAGUAUUCUAUAUGAUUCUCUGAACCUCCUGAAUUACUUAGUGCAGAGAUCAUCAUCCCUUUUUUAUGAGUCAGAAAAUUGAAUGUCUUGGUCAAGUUUGGCAGAGCCUAGAUUCAAACUCAUGUGUUCUCCCACCAAAUCUCUGGCUUUUCUACUAUGCUAUUUAGGUGCCCCUGUUAGACUGUAAAUUCCAUGUAGAGAGGUCCCAGGUCCUUUUAAGCUGCCAAUCUUCAGCAUCUCUCUAUGCUUUGUAUUUCCUACACUGGUGAAAUCAGCAAUUUGCUUACAAUUGGUGCAUGAUAAGUGUUACUGACUUGAAUUCAACAGUAUGAUGUUGGGAGAUGGGAAAGGUGUGUUCAGAAGAUAGCUGAAGUGUUUGAAAUGAAGGUGGAGGGGAGUAGUAUGCGAAAGGUUUGGAGGGCCUUGAAUGUCAGGAAGAAAAAUUAGGACUUUAUUUGGCAGGUAAUAAGAAGUCAUGUGUUUGAAAGAUUUUUUUUUUCCCCAUCUGAAACACUUUUUCCCUUCUACCCUCUCUCUAACUCAGGAAGGUGGUCUCUCUGCCAUUAGUAGUUUCCUCUUGCCUUGAGAUAAGUUGCAGGCUGGUCAGCAGAGAGGUUAUUUCCCAACCUGGCAUUUAGUUUGUUGAACACACUGGGCUGAUUGAUAGGACCCUUAAGUAGCUAGACAUCUCUGAAAGUUGCUAGCUCGUAUUCCCUGGGAAAAGGAAAAAAAAGAACAUUCAAAUUUGAGAGGUGGAAGAGACAUUGGAAGAUAGAAUAUAGAAUGCUGGAACAGGAAGUGACCUUACAACAGAGACCUUAACCGUUAAGAGUUGGAAGAGAGAUAGAAUUAGAGUUACAAGAGCUAUUUUUAUCUGUGACUUGGAUGAAGGCAUUGUGCUUAUAAAAUCGACAGAUGAUGCAACCCUGGGAGGCACAGGUAGUAUGUAGGACCAUAAAAUCAGGAUCCAAAAUAGUCUUAACAGACUAGGACAAUAAAAUUGAAUCAAGAGGAGUGUAAAGUCCUGCACAUGAGUUUAAAACAUCAACUGUAUGAGUUGAGGGAUGGGAGAGAGGUGGCUAGAAAGCAGAUCCUCUGAAAGAGACCUAGGAGUCUUAGUUAACUUCAGGCUUUAAUAGGAGUCAGCAAUGAGACAAGGUAGCACAAUUCUAACUUGGUAUUAUAUCGUAUUGUUAGAACCAGAGCAUGUGGACCAAGGAAAGUGCUAGUCCUUCUGUCUUCUGUUUUGGUAAGACCAUAGAAUGUGGUACUGGAGAAAGGGAUCUGUCUAGAAAUAAGUGAAAAUGUCUUACAGGAUGGUGACUUCCCUGUCAUUCUAGGUCUUCAAGCUGAGGCUGGACGCUGCAGGGGAAUUCCUAGACACGCUAUGAUGUCCAUUCUGAUUUUGAGAGUCUUUGUUUCUUUGUAGAAAACUUAGUUGCUAUCAGGGCAGAUUUUUCAGAGCUAAUAGAAGUCUUCUAGCCUGCUAAUUUUUUAAAUGACAUUUUCUAAAGCAGAGGAGAGAGAUAGCAGAGUAGGAGCUUGAGGAAAUAAGAUCACUACAAUAGAUUCUGGCAGUAAUUGGUGUUGUGUGGUCUAAGCUUUCACUAGCAUGCAGGAUGAUUGAGGAUGGAAUGAUAUAUUGAGGCAUUGAAAGAUCAGCAGAACUGGUUCUUGGUGACUUCAGAUCCUCAAUGAUUAUAUGGUCUAGUUGAAAGAACUCUGGAUUUGGAGUAGGAGAAUUUGGAUUGAAUCUAUGGCUCUUAUUCCCUGUGGGACAAUGGGAAAGCACUUUCCCUUUCUGUACACUGAGGGCUGGAGAGGCCUCCUCUGUAAAAUGAGGCACUUCACUUGUGACCUCGAAGAAAAUGAGAAGUGUAGGCCCGAAUCCCUGCUCUGGAGACGGGGCCAUGGAAGAAAGAACAUCGUGCUGUUCCAGUACCACCCUGUUCCAUCAGGAAGGAGUGAGUGGGAUUACAUAUCGGAUCCCAGCACUGCUCUAUAUCCCACCAGCCCGGGUAUUGCUGGCCUUUGCAGAGAAGCGUUCCACAGUAGAUGAUACAGAUGCACUUUAUCUGGUGCUGCGACGAGGACAAAGGGUGGGCCAUUCUUUGCAGUGGGGGCCUCAGGUGUCCCUGAUGGAGGCCACGUUACCUGGAUUCCGCACCAUGAACCCCUGCCCUGUAUGGGAGCGGAAGAGUGGGCGGGUCUUUCUGUUCUUCAUUUGUGUUCGCAACCACGUCACAGAGAGGCGGCAGAUUUGUUCAGGGAAGAACGCUGCUCGACUGUGUUUUGUCUCCAGCGCAGACCACGGACAUUCUUGGAGCCAGAUCAAGGACUUGACUGAGCAGGUCCUUAGUGAGGACAUAGAGCACUGGGCUACGUUUGCUGUGGGACCUGGCCAUGGGGUCCAGCUACAGUCUGGGAGACUGGUCAUCCCUGCCUAUGCCUAUCCCUCAUCCCGCUGGUCCUGCCUGGGGCCCCCUCUCUGGUUCAGAGCCAGGCCCCAUUCUCUGAUGUUUUACAGUGAUGACCUGGGUGCUACAUGGAAACAUGGGCAGCUCUUCCGAUCUAGGCCAACCAUAGAGUGUGAGGUUGCAGAAGUGAUGAAUUCGAGUGGCUGCCCAGUGUUAUACUGCAGUGCCAGGACCCCUGACCAAGAACUUCUAAGUCACAUUCAGGACAAUUGCUCAGGCUCAGAGAGGGCCAGCUGCUCAAAUGUAGACUAGCUUUGGCCACCACCCCCUGGUGAAAGGAGUGGAAACCACAGCUGCGUCUCUCUCAUCUCAGGGCUGACACCCAGCAAUUUCCCACAUUAACCAGGAAGAAGGGCAGAAUUGAAGAAGCCGGGCAUGCCUUGCUUAAGGACAGCCUCUCCACAGAGGCUGAUUGUUCUUCCUUCUGCUGCUGUGGACUGAAGAACAUGAUGCCUGAGGCCCAGUGACCUUUCUUGUUUUCUUUCCUCUGUUGUCCCUACCCACGGGUGCUCCUGUCACUGGGAGCCUUGCCUCAGGACUUCUCUUGUGUGAGUUAAAAUGUGCUGUAAUAAAGACGUAAGCUUGAAGCCUUACUAGA